AUGUCACGCAGCAGUAGCGGCGCUACCCUGUACGCCAUGGGCAGCGGCAAUGAACCGCCACAUGUACCUGUCACCGCUGCCGAGGCAGCAACUCUGCUGACGGCCGGCGCGCAUGCCAGCUCCGCGGCGUCUCCGCCGUACCCACUUCACUACCGCCACAACGCGGCAUCUCGGGAACUGCUGCUUCAGUCCAUCGGCGACAUUGGUAAGCUCAUUGCUUUGGCGUUGUUGCCUGUCACGCAGCAGGUCGGUCGUCGUGUGGCAGACCUGGUGCGCGCGCUUGCUUUUCAGCCCUCGCCGACACCGUCUGUGCAACCUUCUUCGUUAGGCGUGUCGCUGCCAGCGCGAGCUGCCUUACCGCCCCCUACCUGGACGACAAGCGCAUCGGUGGCGCUCUCCAGUACGCCGCAGUCCCAUAGCGCCGCCCCACGGGACAAGGAUCUCUCCACCGGACUCUUGGAUGCCCACUGCGGCGGCGGUGCCGUGCCAUCCGCUGCAGCCACAGCAACCGUUUCCGCUGCCAGACCCAUGCAUCUUGUGCACGACGAUCCGGUGCUUGUCCGUCUUCUUCAGAUGACUGCGUCGGCCGCGUCGAGAUGCCCCCUCGGCAGCAGCGCGCUCGCCGAGCUAUACGGUGUACUCUUGCUCUUCUACAGCGGCGUCGCUCCGCAGUCCAUGCUGGAGGCGACGUGCGAGGCGACGCUGACGCACCACAUCCACGCCGUGCUGACCGCGCUGCAUGACAGCGGGGCAGGAGACGACGGCGUCGUCUCAGCCAGCGCGCACGCAAGCGACGACGGUCUAGUGCAUCUCAACAGCUCGUCCGUAACGCUGACGGCAUCCAGGUUCGCGGCCCAGCUGCAGGGCGUUGCCUUCAUCAAGGACGUCUGCCGCCUCAUGGUCGGGGCACGCACGCGGUGGCUGCACCUCAGUCCUUAUAGCACCAGCACCCCCGCUCCCGGUGGCGCGGCAGGUGGUGAAGGCGCGACCGCGGUCAGUGACCGCAGCCACAGCAACAAGCGAGGUGCGGCGGAGCAUCGCAGGGGCAGCACACCAUCGUCUAUGGCCGGCAUCACCGCCAGCGUCACGGCUGCCGCAGCGGAUGCUAGUCGGCAACGGGCUCAAGAGCAGCAGCAGCUCUCGUUGAGCAUGUCGCUGAUGUCGAAGUCGAUGCUCGGAUCACUGGCGGCCUUGUCACCGGGCAUCCAGCAUGAGCUGGAUGCAAUAUCAGCAGCAGGCGCAGCGGGAGCUGUAUCAGGCGCCUGCGGUCUUGGUGGUGCAGCAGAGCUCUCCUCGCUAUCCUCCUUGGCGAUGACUGUGCCGACGUGCGCUGCGAUGGAGGUGGUGCCGGAGCGACUGCGGCUCUUUCUCAUGCGCGCCGUGACGCUGUUCUUCAAGGAGCAGGCCAAGGCUCUGGCAGCCCCAGCGGUGGCGACGGCCGCUGCUGGCGGGGGAGGAGGCACAGAUGAAGGUGCGAGCAGAAGCUCAGCUGUCAGAUCAGCCGCCGCGGUAUCCAUGCAGAGCCCGCUGUACGCGCAGUGCCUCAACGACUGCUUCUUCUCUGUCGCACUGUGGGGUCUGCAUGAGAUGGGCAUCGCGGUGUCCAUGCAGCCGCCGCCGGCCUUGUUCGUGGAGGUGCAAGAGCAGCAGCAGCGCGAUGGGCCCUUUAGCGCGCCACCUUGCUCGCUGGAGGUGUUCAUGUGCACACAGCAACUCGUCCUCGUUUCUAUCAGCACGCACCUUCACAGCAUGACGAACUCGACCCAUGUGCUUCUUGAGGCGCAUGAGCGGCUGCUGCAGCGGCUCUGCAGGCGCCGCAAGCCUUGUGCAACGUCGUCGUCGCAGUGGCUCGGCAGCAGCGGCGAGGUGUCAGGAGGCUCGCCGAUGAGCAGCGACGAUGCCGAGCGACUGUCACAGGCGGCGACGGUCGUGCUGUCUCUCUGGCGCAAGACGCUUACGAGUGCUACUCUGUUGUGGGAACUGCUGCAGCUGCGGUCCAUGCAAGGUGGCCACCGCGGCGACCACAGCGCUGCCGAAGUCGCAGCAGGCAUGUCGGUGGACACCGAAGCAUAUCAUAGCAGCGGCUGGUACUCGAAUGAAGAGUGGCGGGCCAGUCCAGCUGUGGAGCGCAACGGCUACAACAGCGACAGCAGCAGCAUUGCAGUGCCCUCGCAGCAAUGGUCACCGUCGGCACAUGGCAGCUCCGCGUGUCGGCAGCGGCCUUCGCGCGACUAUCUCACGGGCAGCCAAGACGCGCUUGACGUCAGAAAUGACAGCGAGAAGGAUCGCGCCAGCACACCGCCCGCUCCGGGACUUGGGAACGCCGCGGCGGUCGGUGAGGAGGGUGGCACUGGCGUGGAUGCCACGACGGUGCCGUUGCUGGUCCGCCUCGUGCUGUCCAUACUGGCACUGGCGGUGUCCCACAUGCAGCUCCAUGCUAACAACAUCCUGCAGAUGAGCGCGGACGACAAGAGCACCGAUGGCAAGCGCGGAGGCGGCGACAGCGAGGAGGCAGAGGGCGCGGCGUUUACAGGGCUGCUUCUACAGCCCAGCACUCCCCCACGCUUCCUGUCCGCCGGUGACUCCGGCGAUGACAUCGAGGGCGAGCCAUCUCUGAAGCGCUCACCGCGGCACAUCGGGCCGGCAGCCGCGAACGGCGUCGGCGCAGCGGCGGCGGUGCCAAUCCCGCUCUGCUUGUGUGUAGCGAAUGCAUCCACAGUGUACCAGUGCUUCACCGAAGUGCUCAACGGUCUCACCGCCUUCGGCCAGCUCUUUUCGCAGCUGGUGGACGCGCAGCGGAUGCCGUCGGUGGCCGCGGCAGACAAGGAGCAGGUGCUGUGCCGGUGUCGCGAGUGCUUCCUGGUGCUGCACCCGCACCUUCUUCACUGCGAGCAGCUCUGCCUGCGCCACCUCCGCUACGAGGAGGACGUGCUGCCGGUGGUGUUGAAAGCGACCGGUUACUGGGUACAGGUCAGCUGUGUCCUGCAGCUGCCUGAGCAGCGCGACGCCCACUUGGCGGCGCUCGUGGACGUGCUGCAAACACAGGACCCGGUGGAUGGUCACCUGGUCGCCCUGGCCCCACCAACCGCCUUGGGCAUGUCGGACACCGCCUCUCCCACGACGACGAUGUUGCUGGAAGCGCUUCUCACGCUCAACGGCGUGUGCGCGGCGGCUGAGCCGAUCGUGCCGGGAUCCGUCGCCGCCGCUGCGCUCAGCCCCAGCAGCGAUCGCGACGCUGCGUCGCCGGGCAACGGGGGUGGUGUGAAGGGGAUUCGACAGUAUGCCCUCAGCAUGUCCAGCUGGGGCGCUGAAUGGCUGCGGCGUCGUGGUCUCAAGACCUCCUCCUCGGCCUGCGGCAGCACGGUGUCACCAGCACGUGCGGGCGGCGGCGGAAGCGGGAGCUGGACCGUGUCUCCGGCCCAGUCGCAGAUGAACGCCACCCCUGCAGGCGAACGAGGCGGGGUCGGCGCACGGCCUUCGUUAGCCGCACCCCCGCGCAUCGGCACGCCGACUCCUAUAGCGACAACGUCACGUAGUAAGCAGCAGCAGCCCGCGCCGGCAUCUUGGGCGAUGCCGCCGGUGCUCACAUCGCACGGCUGGCGCUCGCCAGCCGUGCAGCACGCCGUCAUCCUUGGUGUGUGUCGCCUCCAGCACAAGCUCUUUAUCAUGAAGACGCUUCACGUCAUCGCCAAUGCCCUCGGGGCACAGCUGAAGAGCGGGUGGACUUUGCUCGCGCGCGGCCUCGCUGUGACGGAGCCUCUGCUGCACAUGCUCAAGCGGCUGCUGUCGUGGAUCGAGGAGUCCGCUGAGGAGCAGGAGCAGCAAGAGCAGCUACUCAGUGACGCCCUGCACCUGCGUGACGCGCUGCGUUCCCUCUGCGUCCACAACGCCUGCCAGCUACCCUACUCUCAGUUUGAAAUCUUCUUCGCAGAGCUCGUGAGCGCAGCUUUGGCCUUAGGGGCAGCAACGCCGUCGCAACAGCAAGACGGAGCGGCACUAGCCUCCAAUCACUGGGGCUACGGGGAUCUGCACGCGGCGGCGUGCGCCGCCGCUUCCGACCGGCUGCCUCGCCACCACCCACAGGGGUGCGGCGGGCAGUGGGUGCUCACGUCGGAAUGCCUGAGCGUGUCACUAUUAGCCAUGCUGCCCUUCAUAGAGCUGCGCUACACCGACGCGACGGACGGCGUAGCAACUGGAAAAGCAGGGGACGGCAGCAGUGGGGGCAACCAGCCCGGCGCUCAAGCGGUGCAGCUGCAGCACCAGCGCACCGGUGCUCUUGCUCGGGCGCUGUAUCUGUGGGAGCUGGAGACGACGGUGUGCCGCUACGUAACGGACCACCAGCACGUGGAGGAAUGGGGGAGGACACUGCUGACAACGAUGAAGAUGCACAAGCGAGCACUGCUGGCGACCACGGCAUCGAGUUCCGUCGAAGCAGCCGCAACCGACCCAGAUACGCCACUGGGAACUGGGAGCCUCUCGCAGGAGGAGACCCGCACGAUCGAGCUGGUGCUCUUCACAGUCGUCGGCCACGUUUCUACGGUAGCUGUGCAGAUGUGUCGAUCAUCGCGGCGUCGGGUUGCGGCGGUGACGAGUGCCGGAGGUGAAGGUGGCAGCCCGCUGAAUGACACUGGCAACGCAGCGCCGUCCCCCUCGUAUCAAGCCGUGCAGAGCGCCGCCCUCGUGCUCACAUCUGGCCCCUUCGCCGCUGUGCCGCUCACGCAAGUUGCGAACGCCCUCUUCGCCGCCAGCGCCGCCUCUGGGUCUUCUCUGGGUACGAGUGGCGCGAGGGACACCUUCGCUGGGGUCGGCAGCGGCGGUCGGCUGCCUCUCUUGCCGUUUGUGCAGGCGGAUGCCGCGCAGAGCAUCGCACGGCUGCACGCUGCCGUGCAUCGGUCCUCGCAGGCGAUCGCCCUUCACACCGCCGCCGACGACAACCGCAGCAGCGUCGCCACCGCUCCGCCGAUGACCACCGCGUCUGUCCACCUUGGCCCGCUAGAGCAACUCCUGGCGAGCCCUUUCGCCCUACUCGACCGGGUCUAUGGCGAAUGGCAGCUGCAGUAUGCUGGCUCACCGAGCAGAGGCGGUGGACAAGGCGGACGAUCAACAGCAGCCAACGCGGCGGAGCAGCAUGAGCUGGAGGGUCGCAUGUCGCCGACCCCACUUAACCCGAACGAUUCUCGGGAACUGCCGCAGAGGGGGGAGAGGUCCACUAGCUCGGAAGCACUAGAUGCAUCUGCGGCGUUCUCUGUCGUCGCCGGCGCAGUCCCGCAACUGCUGGCCAACGCCGCCGCCGCCGUGCUGAUGGACGUUGUGAAGAUUGUGCAGUCCUACGGCGAAGCAAUCGAUGGCGCCGCCUGGGAAGCUAUCUUGUCCUUGCUGCAGCGAACCGCCGUGGCGGCCAGGGAGCAUGACAAUGCUCUGGCAGGCAUGAGUGUCGGUGCCGCUGGUGGGAGCGGCAGUCAUACACAAGGCAGUGUCAGCAUUGACAGCAUCUGUGGGCGCAGCGCUAGCAGCACCAACCUCCUCGGUAAGCCGGGUAUCAAGGCGCCCACCAGCGCUGCCGGUGCCACCGUGUCUAGCAGCCAAGCCGUCGAGUCCCUCAACACCGCCUUUCGCGCGCUGGAGAGCAUUCAGCACAACCACAUUCCGCGCCUGAAUGCGGAUGGUCUGCACCGUCUCAUCGUGUGUGUCGGCACCUUCACAGUGCACCGCGUCGACGGAGGGGCAGCCGGUGAGCGCAAGCUGCACACGAAUCUGAGCGCUGUGCAGCUGCUGUGGUCUAUCGCGGACUACCUCGCUGCCUUUGGCAGCGGGGCAGUCGAAGAAAUCGAGCGCGGUGGCGCCGACAAUAACGCCAACGGAGGUGGCAGCGGCAUCGUGAACGCCACGGCCGCCGGAUGUGCAGGUGCGGCUGCUGGGGGAAUGCCAGGAUCCCCGACGCGAUGUUCCGAUGAUGCUUGGGUUGCACAGCAGCAGCAGCACGACCGCCUCUGGUGCUCGCUCCUCUGGCAGCUACGUAACGGCUGCCUCGAUGAUCGACAGGAGGUGCGCCAAUCCGCGCUGCAGACGUUCUUCGCACUCGUGCAGACGUACGGUUGGAGGUUCUCCGCGGCGUGCUGGCGAUGCGUACUACAGGAUGUAUUGCUGCCGCUCAUGGAAAUUGUUGCAGUGGCGACAGGGCUGUGCGCGACCCCUCCGCCAUCGCCGCCUGAGGUGGGAGAAGACGACGCCACAGCCGUGACCGGUGCGGCGGGGGAGAGAGGGGCGCAGGACGUGACAAGGCAGCGGCUGCUCCGCAGCUUCAUGGAUCACCCGCCUCAGCUAGAGGAGGUGCGCGUUGCUGUGUUCAAUGCGGGGAGCCGCUUGUUUGUCACCCACUACGCGCACAUGCAGGUGGCCGCCACCGCGCUGUCGUCGCCCUCGUCGGCGCGAUCGCCGCGUCCUCGGCUGCCCAUCGCUGAGGAGGACAAGGACGAUGCCACGCAGGUGCUGGAGCGCUUCCUGCGCCUGUGUGGCGACGUCUGCGUGGUGCUGCGGGGCACAUCCGGCGAACAGGCCGCCGUGGCUGCCGUGCACGCUCUCCACGGGUUGCUCGUCGAGAUGCCAGGGAAAGGGCUGCACGCGCACGGGGUACACCUCGCCUGGAGUGCUCUUGAGCGUCUGAUCCUGCGCGGCGACGGCGGCGAUGACUGCGCUGACAGACCACUUGCGGGUCUGAGAGAAGGCACAGCGCCAGACCCCGACGCCCAGAGACGAGCAAAACAGCGCACCAACGCGGUGGUAGCGGCCACGGUAGCCGCGGUCUGCGACAGCUUCCGCCUCCAGCGCCUCGCGGCGGCGGUGCCGGACGCUGCGGUCGGCUCCGUCACCGCCACGUCACCAAACGCAGUGGAGCGCAGUCACAACGCGACGGGUUUCAGCUCGUGCUUCAGCGGCUGGGGCGGCGGCGGCGGCGGCAUAGCUGCCACAGUUGCAGGGUCAGCGUCAUGUGCAGAGCUGCGGCACAGCGAUCCCUCUUCUCCUGCCCCGUACUUUACUCGUCUUCUCUUUCUCUUGCAGGCUGUCACCUGCUGCCCGGCUGUUGUGAACUCGUACUACUUCCCGAGCAAGGCGCAGGCCACCCUGCUCGAGGGUGUGGCCGCGGUGUGGCCGACGCUGUCGAGUCGCGAGGCGCGGACGAUAUGGUGCGAGGUGCUCCUGCCAGCCUUUCCGUCAGCGGCGCGGCUGCAGAGCUUUGUUGUGCAGGACUUGCACGAGUCGGUCUCCAUCACAGUGGUGGGCGACGCCGCCACCAAUGCAGCAGCGACGGCAGCGGCGAGCACGCUGAUCCCACUCAAGUCGGUAAUGCCUCCCGGGUCGCACCCGGGGUAUCUCAGCGCCGUCAUGGAGACGAUGCGCGGCUUGAUGCUGCGUCACAUGGGCGCGGAUGCUGUCGGUGCGACCGCCGCGAGGCGCAGAGGGCCCGACGGACUGCCGCCGGAUCCUGCCUCAGCCAACACGUCCGCUGCUGCGACUGAGGCGCCAGCGAAGACAACUGACGAGGAUCGCGCGCGACUAGCGUUUAUGGCCCCCAGCACCGUGCAAGUCAGCGGCACGCUGUUGCUGCUGCACCUCGCCCCUGCGGCGGUUCUAGAAGUGCCGCCGCGAUCGGGAAGCGUGUCCUUCAACCCUCCAGCGCUCUUCCUACAAGAAUGUGUCGACGUGUUGCAGUACACGUUGUGGGAGCCGGUGCUGGCGCGCACCCGGACGCCGCCACCCUCCCUGCCCUUUCCCUGCCCUGAGGCGAGCAAUGACUCGCCCUCUUCCGCGGCGGCUGUACAGUGCCGCCGGGAUGGUGUCGCCGCGCUCUGUCGCGUGUUUGAGCUGCUUCUCACCACCACCUCCACGGUGGUGCGGCACCUGCAUGCGACUCCACCGAGCGGAGCGGCAGCGACAAGCGGGACCGCCGCGGUUCCAACGACAACGAUAACGCCGCCGCAUGUCACAGCGGCGUUGCAGUUGCUCGACUUGCUCGUGGACACCCUCGGUGAGGUGGUUCACUUUGUGGUGGAGCUGUAUGAGGAUGUGGUAUGCGCAACGACAGCCAUCACGGCAUUGACGAUCGCAUCGACUGCAGAGUGCACGGCGCUGGAUCGGGUGGCACGGCGGAGUUUGUCGCUGUUGCAGCGCUGGGCAGGCGCCGUCAGUGGCACACCGUCAGCGCGCUUAGCACCUCCGUCGUGUGCCGCGACGCCGCACCACCAUCAACACACUCGCAGCGGCAGUGAUGGCAGUUGCAUCAUGUCUCCCAGUGCGCAGGGCACCGUCGCCCGCCACGAUGUGUGUGCACAGUCCCAUCCUGCCGCCCACGCCACCGCAUCAACAACGACUUCGCGCAGCAAGCUGCAGGAUGUAGUGCGAGCCUUCAUGGAAUCCCGCACCAAAGCGAUCAUGGCACAGUUUGUGGGCAACCCCGACGACGCCAGUGCCGCCGCGCUACUCGUCGGCACGCUUCGGGACAUGCUGCACGUUGCGCAGAGCAGCGCACGAGGAGACCCGCGCGCCGGCAGCGAUACGGCGGCGCACAAUCUGAGCACCAUUAUGCCGGACCUGCUGCGCCUCGUCGCAUGUAGCAGCCGUGAGCCGCACCGAUCCGCUGCGGCGAUCUCGAGAGAGCAGGAGAUGCGCGAGAUUCUGGCGAAUCUGCUGACGCUGGCUAUGGACGAACAGCACAAGCAGCCCGCCUGCUAA